AUGGUAAACGUCAAAAAAGGACUUUUGGUCACAUGUGACCCUGCUAUGCGUCAAUUACUUAUUCAUUUGGAUGAGUCUCGUACAUUAGGAAGUAAAUUUAUUAUCAAGGAACUUGACGAUACUCAUUUGUUCAUCGACAAAGAGAUUAUACCCAUAUUAGAAGACAAGCUUGAUCAAAUCAUGGAAUCAAUGAAUCCUGAGUCGGCUGAUAAGUGA